AUGGCCGCAAACUUCGAGGACGUCGCGAAGCAAUUCGUCAACUUCUACUACCAGCAGUUCGACACCGACCGCAAGCAGCUUGCUGCCCUCUACCGAGACCAGUCCAUGCUGACCUUCGAGUCCUCGGCUGUUCUGGGCACCAACGCCAUUGUCGAGAAGCUUAGCGCCCUUCCCUUCCAGCAGGUGAAGCACCAGGUCGCGACCCUGGAUGCCCAGCCCGGUGUUAACGGCGGUGUCUUGGUCUUGGUGACUGGCCAGCUCCUGGUCGACGAGGAGCAGCGACCGAUGAACUACACCCAGACCUUCCAGCUCAUGCCCGAGUCUGGCUCUUUCUUCGUCUUCAACGACAUCUUCAAGCUCGUCUACGGUUAA